AUGCCAUUCGUUGUCCCGAGGAAUCGAGUCGCCGGAGCCCAUUAACGAGUUCUGAUUAUCCUUCUCCGUUCCCAAUUCCUUGUGCCUCUGCAACAACAGGAAUGAAUUACGUAGUCUGUAGAGACUUCUCUAUCUGAGUCUAUGAAUUAACCAUGGACUACAGUAAUAUUCCUGGAACGCAAGCAAACAAUCUGCCUGGAAUGCAAUCAAACCCUCCAGCAGCAACGAUUGACCAAUACUCUUCCAAUUACAGCAACUUAUAUUACCCUACGCUCCAAGUAUCUCAAAACCCUAAUUCUCAUCAAUUUUACGCUCAACCCGCAACGAUACCCACAGUUGCAGUUGACGCUUCUGCCGCCGUCAGCUCUUACACGCAUGCCCUUCAUCAUGGCACCUACGACGCGGCGUUUGGGUACUACUACGAUCCCAAUUUACAAAAUUGGGCAGCUAAUGAGGCCGUCCGGCAGUGUGUCUCCGACCCAGCUGCAUUGGGAGGCACAGUUGGUGUUACAACGCCUCUUAACGGAAUUGAACAGUCGACUAUUGGAAAACCUAGCUCCACCUUGUGGGGCAAUCUUACGGUUCAGUCUGGUAAAACCAGCCAUUGGAAGAAACAAUUAAAGAAGGCAAAAAUUGUGCAGUCUGCAUACUGUGAAAUUUGCAAGGUUGACUGUAACAGUAAGGACGUGCUUGACCAGCAUAAAUUGGGGAAAAAGCAUAAGAAGAACGUGGAGAAAUUGCUGAUAGCCAGUGCCCCUCCUCCCAUUGCUUCAGCAGUAUCAAAUAAUCCAGUUAUUGGUCCACAAGAAAACCCUAAUAAAAGCAAAAACAAGCGAAAGAGUAAGAAGAAAGCAGCAGACACUGUAGAGGACUUGGAGAUCAAGAGAAGGAAAGUUGUUGAAGGUGGGGCUGCCAUGGAGGCUGUGAGAACAUGUCCAGUUUGUAAUGUGGUGUGCAAUAGUGAGACAGUUUUCAAAUACCAUAUUGCAGGGCAAAAGCAUGCUGCUAUGCUGAAAAAACACGCAGCCGGGAUAGGCUUGGCUACUGGUACCACCUUAACAUCAUUUGCCAAUCCAUAAAAUUUUUUUCCCUGGUUAAUUACUUGUUAUUUUCAUUCCUGAGAUAUAUUGAAAAAAUAAUAGCUUAUUAUCACUGUAAGAGGAUACUGUUCAUAGAAGAAAUAUUUUCCUGUUACCCUGUA